CGCUCGCUCCCAUUGGCCGCCGCUGCGUCAGCUGGUGCGAUUUGCUGCUGUCGCUUUUGGCGUUCGGCCAUCCAGAAACAAACCAGUUCGAUGACUACUAAUAGUUAUAGCCAGAUGUACUAAUACACAACAAAUCACAGUCCUGCAGAGGGGCGCGCAAAUGAGUUCCUAUUUUGUGAAUCCCACUUUCCCUGGGAGCCUGCCCAGCGGCCAGGACUCCUUCUUGGGCCAGCUGCCCCUCUACCCGGCCGGCUAUGACACGCUGAGGCCCUUCCCGGCCUCUUACGGGGCGUCGAGUCUUCCGGACAAGACAUACACCUCACCUUGUUUCUACCAACAGUCCAACUCGGUCCUGGCCUGCAACCGGGCAUCCUACGAGUACGGGGCCUCAUGUUUCUAUUCUGAUAAGGACCUCAGUGCCGCCUCACCCUCGGGCAAUAGCAAGCAGAGGGGCCCCGGGGACUACCUGCACUUUUCUCCCGAGCAGCAGUACAAACCUGACAGCAGCAGCGUGCAGGGCAAAGCCCUCCAUGAGGAAGGCACCGACCGGAAGUACACGAGCCCUGUUUACCCCUGGAUGCAGCGGAUGAAUUCCUGUGCGGGUGCGGUGUAUGGGACUCACGGGCGCAGAGGCCGCCAGACCUACACGCGCUACCAGACGCUGGAGCUCGAAAAGGAAUUCCACUUCAACCGCUACCUGACUCGGAGGCGCCGCAUCGAGAUCGCCAACGCGCUCUGCCUCACCGAGCGCCAGAUCAAGAUCUGGUUCCAGAAUCGGCGCAUGAAGUGGAAAAAGGAAAAUAAACUCAUCAAUUCCACACAACCCAGCGGGGAAGACUCUGAGGCCAAGGCGGGCGAAUAGACUCCAGGGCAGGGACCAGGCCAGCGUCCUAACCUCUAUUGGCUUUGCCCCCUGGUGCUCCUGCCUGCUCCCCAAGUUUUAUUCCAGCCUGCUCCCACCCGGGUGCUUCUGCAGCUUAGGGAAGUCCAAAGCUUUACAAGAGUCUGCGCAUUUACUUAUUACAGAAAACAAGCAAACAAAACUCACACACCCAAUGUCAGCUGUGGGACAGACAUACUGUACACACACACACACAGGUUCUCCCCCAAAGCUGCCCGAGUCAGCUUGGGAGUCCCGGGGUGCACCCAGAAUUGUCCCUGCUGCUGUGUUAGCGGCCCUGCGCUCCCCAGCUACAAAUGCCUUGUUGUUGGGGGAAGAACGAGCCCCAGGCAGUGCCCGGUUUGCUGGCUGAGCUUUUCCGCCUUGGUCCCUCGCCAUCAAAUCUCGAAGGGCAUCGCCAAAUUGGCUCUGGCUACUGGAAAGAAAGGGCCUAAGAGCUGGGCCCCAGCCCUGUCGCGGACUCUCAGGAUGCCCCUACACAAGAAGCCGAAGGAACAAAGGAGAACUCUCCUCUUCUCCGACAGAACCAAGUCUGUCUGCCGGCGCAUAACAGUCAUUGGGAGAGCUGCCGCUUCUGCCUAGGCGAACCAACCUGGGCGCCAGUGGAAUAGUACAAGCUCGGGAGCGACAAGGCUCCCGCAAGCUCCCAGCUCCCGAUUCCCACUCCUUGCCUCUUACAGAGCGGGCGCUGCAGCCUAGAAGCUCUCAGGACCCAAAAGAGGGGGUCCAGGACCAUAGGAGCCGGAAGAGUUCUAGCUAAUAAGCAUGCCAGGGGCGCCUGAGAUGCCAGGCCUCUAGUGGGGAGACUCUGCUCGCCUCUCAGCUACAUUUGUAAUUUGCUCUCGUCUUUCGGAGCCCAGGAAAAUAACUCCGGAGAUACUAGGCACUGCCACGAAAUGGUUCCAUUAGUUCCCGCAAUUUACUCCCGGAGGUCUAAGAGAGACCCCAAAAGCUCUACCCACGGAUCCCAACUUCCAAGCAGCCUCAGAGGCUGCAGGGAGUCAGGGCCCACUCCCUGGCUUCACCAAGAACCACCAAGAACCCUGGGGCCCGGCUGGCCGAGGGAACCAGACCAGGGAUGAAGAUAUUCCAGGCUGGAGAAAUAAGCAAACCAGAUAGCAAACUAAUGAUACGAAAAACAUAUUUACACGGAAGAAAAAUCGACUCUGGUUAUAAGAGUGUGUGGAAUUUGACCUCGCCUCGGAGCAACACUACACAAAAGCUGUCUUUAAUAGACGUCUGUCGUUUAAGAGCGGCAGGGACACUGCCCUUCACGCGCUCACAAACAAAAAAAGAAAGGAAAAAGCCUUAAUUGUGACUGCUGCUGUGGGCAGGAUUUAUUUCUUCAAUUGGCUAAAUGGUCUUCCCUUCCCCGAAGGUGAUAUCUGUGUUUUCAAAAUUCACAGCUGCGGGCCGGACGGGCAGGACCGACCCCAACCUCUACACAAAAAUAAGAGGGGCUACAAAGCCAGGGAAAUAAAGUUGUUGUAAAUAAUUCCAAGUCACCACCUCCCCCUAAUCCUCUGCAUCCUCGCCGGGCGUGCGAUCGGCAGCUGACGGCCUCACAAUUGGUACAUCCUAAUGGAACUGCGAGGGAAAUGCAAUAAUUUUGCCAUAAUGGGCUGUAACCUCAAUUCGACCCCGGCCCUUGCAGCCCGAGGUCGGAAACGAUGCGAUCCGCCCUGUCUCCAGAGGGUGGC